CAGCAGGAGAUGGGCGACUUCCGAGACAUCAGAGGCUUCUUCACCAAGGCCGAGUGGGGCGAUCUGGCCGAGUGCGAGAAGCGGCGCUACAGGAACAUCAAGCAGAACCACGCCGUCAUGCUGAACCUCGGGAUGAACCCGGCCCAGCCCGAGUUCAUGCGCGCACGCGGCAAGCGCAGGGCGAGGGGGAAUGGAGCGGAGUGUGGGCGGUCGAGUGACUCCGACGAGGAGUGGACGGGGAGGAGGAAGAGGAAAGAGGUGGCGGUGCACGGAGGACGAAGAGGCGGAGGAGGCAAACGAGGAGGCAAGGGGGCCGCUUCACGCUGGGCUACCGUGGGAGAGUCGCACGCGAGGGCAGCUCCCAGCAAGCGCAAGACUAAAGCGGAAGCCCUGGAGUACGUGUGGAGCAUCUUGCAGGGCGUGGAGGAGGAGCAGCAGCAGGAGGAGGAGUUCAGGGGAUUUGAGCUGAGGGAGGUGCACAAGGCCAGGAUGGCGAUGUUCAGGCUGGAGCGCAGAGCCACCGCCUGCAAGGAGGCCCUGAGGGUGGUGCUCCAGAGGAUACGUGGAGGCUCCUCCGUGCCGCCGGCCUCCUCCGCCCAGGCUGCGGCGGUGUCGCUCAGCGCUCGCUCUCGCUACGGCCUGCGGCAGCGCGAGAGGAAAGUCUACACAGAGGUGGAGGAGCCCCAGGACGACGACUUCUUCUUCUGCGAGCUGUGCAGGGAUUUCUACCUGGGGGAGUGCUCCGUGCACGGCCCGCCAGAGUUCAUCGCGGACACGGCCGUGGCCCCGGGAGUGGCCGACAGGGCCCGGCUCAGCCUGCCCCAGGGCCUCACCGUCGGCGCCUCCUCCAUCGCCGGCGCCGGCCUCGGGGUGUGGAGCAACAGGAAGAAGCUGCCCAAGGGGGUGAUGUUUGGGCCCUACCAGGGAGAGGUGUCUGAGGAGAACCCCGUGAGCGAGUACUGCUGGCUGAUUUACAAAAACAAAAAGGAUCGUGAAUAUGUUGAUGCUCAGGAUGAAUCAAAAUCAAAUUGGAUGAGGUUCGUCAACUGCGCGAGGAAUGAGCAGGAGCAGAACCUGGUGGCCUUCCAGCACCGGGGGCAGAUUUACUACCGCACGUUCCGUGCCGUGGGGCCCGGCUCUGAGCUGCUGGUCUGGUACGGCGAGGAGUUCGCCCAGGAGCUGGGCAUCGCCUGCGAGGCCGGGCCCUCGCGACGCCGCAGCAGCAGCAGCAGCAGCGAGUUGGCUCCCAGGGCCACCGCCAGAGACCUGCAGCCCGUGCAGCCUCCACCAAGCGAGGAACACUGUGGAGUGGGUGUGGAGGUCACAAGGCUGCCGUGUCCUGCCUGCAACCGUCAGUUCAUCUGCCUCUCUAGUCUAGAGCAUCACGUGCAGAGGAGACACCCCACUAAGCCCAGUAACAAAAGUCAUCAGUGUGACCAAUGUCCAUACAGCACAGACCGCAAGAGUAGCUUGAAGAUACACCAGAGAACACACACGGGAGAGAAGCCGUUCAAGUGCACCGUGUGUGAGAAGGCGUUUGCACAACUACCAGAUCUUCACAGGCACCAGAGAAUACACACGGGAGAGAAGCCGUUCAAGUGCACCGUGUGUGAGAAGGCGUUUGCACAACUACCAGAUCUUCACAGGCACCAGAGAACACACACGGGAGAGAAGCCAUUCACGUGCACCGUGUGUGAGAAGACGUUUGCACGGCUAUCAACUCUUCACAAGCACCAGAGAACACACACGGGAGAGAAGCCGUUCAAGUGCACCGUGUGUGAGAAGGCGUUUGCAGACCUAUCCAGUCUUCACAGCCAUCAGAGAACACACACGGGAGAGAAGCCGUUCAAGUGCACCGUGUGUGAGAAGGCGUUUGCACAACUACCAGCUCUUCACAGCCACCAGAGAACACACACGGGAGAGAAGCCAUUCACGUGCACCGUGUGUGAGAAGACGUUUGCACGGCUAUCAACUCUUCACAAGCACCAGAGAACACACACGGGAGAGAAGCCGUUCAAGUGCACCGUGUGUGAGAAGGCGUUUGCAGACCUAUCCAGUCUUCACAGCCAUCAGAGAACACACACGGGAGAGAAGCCGUUCAAGUGCACCGUGUGUGAGAAGGCGUUUGCAUGGCUAUCAGCUCUUCACAGCCACCAGAGAACACACACGGGAGAGAAGCCGUUCAAGUGCACCGUGUGUGAGAAGGCGUUUGCAGACCUAUCCAGUCUUCACAGCCAUCAGAGAACACACACGGGAGAGAAGCCGUUCAAGUGCACCGUGUGUGAGAAGGCGUUUGCAUGGCUAUCAGCUCUUCACAGCCACCAGAGAACACACACGGGAGAGAAGCCGUUCAAGUGCACCGUGUGUGAGAAGGCGUUUGCACAACUAGCACAUCUUCACAGCCACCAGAGAACACACACGGGAGAGAAGCCAUUCAAGUGCACCGUGUGUGAGAAGGCGUUUGCAUGGCUAUCAACUCUUCACAGCCACCAGAGAACACACACGGGAGAGAAGCCGUUCAAGUGCACCGUGUGUGAGAAGGCGUUUGAACGGCCAUCAACACUUCACAGGCACCAGAGAACACACACGGGAGAGAAGCCGUUCAAGUGCACCGUGUGUGAGAAGGCGUUUGCACAUCUAUCACAUCUUCAUAGGCACCAGAGAACACACACCGGCCAGAAUGCAUUUUCUCAUCCACGUGAAAACAGAAAAGUCAGCCAUCCUGAGCACAAAGCGCACAGCGCCGAGCUGUGAAUUAGUUUCAAACAACAGGCCACGUGAUUAACCGAGGCUGUGCCACUCUUGAAACUGAUUUUGAAUGUGAACACGGAAACCUACGGAAUCCUCCUACACCUGCCUCACACCCUGUGGGGGGCGGGAGAUUAAACCGACCCGGCCACCCCUCGAUUGCAAGUGCAGAGUUCUCGGUCCGAACCACUGCACGUCCCACCCCCACCACCUGGGGGUCCCUGUGUGUGAGUGUGCAGAGUCCCCCGUGCAGAGCUGCACUGUUGUCACCCUAGAGGGGGGCACUGCAUGGCGAUCCACCUACAGAUACCCCAGUCUGCACGUCUCCCGCCGGUCUCCGUGAGCACCGCGUGCCGUCUCGUAGCCCUGCCCCGUGCGACGUACGUACAGUGCGUACAGUGCGUACCCAUCCAGCGGUAGGCCGAACCGCGGCCGAUGACGAAGGCGGCGUCCGCUCACGAAUCUCCGUGCACUCAGUCCCGUAGCCCCGAGCCAUCGCUUGCGCGAUAUUCACUUUGCUGCCGAGAGGAAAGGAGGGGGUUGGUAGGAGAGGACAUCUGUGGAACGGCUGGAGAUCUGCGGAGAAGAGCUUCAUAGCUCAUCGAAUUCCUGCGACCUGAAAAAAUAU